AACAUGAGAGCUAUUGUAUUUCUGUGUCUGCUGCAUGGAGCUUUCAGUGAGAGUAUGCUAUUUACAUGGAAUGGACCUACCCACACAACAGUGCCAGCGAAGUCUGAUACAAACAGUGUGUGUCUGACAGACCAGUCGUCGUGCGGCUGCUGUCUAAUUCAAAAACAGAUGCAGAGGUUGGAGGAGCACUUCAACAAGACCACUGAAGAACUGAACAAGGAGGUGACAAAAUCAAAGACGGCCCUCCAAAAUAUCACAGCCAGCCGGAGUGCGUUCUCUGUCGCUUUACGCAAUUUGUCAAGUAUGAACUGCUAUGGCCCAUUCAAUGAGACCAGCCUCAUCAUCUACAAACAUGUUUUCAUCAACCUGGGUGGCAGCUACAAUGUGCAGACUGGUAUCUUCACUGUUCCCCAUGCUGGCGUUUACAGCCUCACCAUCACCAUCUAUGCCAUAGUUACUGGUGGUAAUACCCUGGCCAGCUGCGCUAACCUGCAGGUUAAUGGCCAGGUGGUGGCUGUAGUCACUGAACAAACUGGCAGAGACCUUGAAGAUAGUGCCACUGCUGUUGUGGCUUUGCCACUGAAGGCUGGGGAUCAGGUCUCUGUCAAGCUGCUCAAAGGAUGUUUAAUCUGCGAUAACAGCAGCCACUACAACACCUUUACUGGCUUCCUGCUGUAUGCCACUGACUAA